GUAACUUGAUUAAAAACAUAACAGAUUUCUGAUGCAAAGUUCACCUUUCUCCUACAUCUGCGUGUUUCUUUGUCUGCUGGAAUGAUAUAAGGACACAGAUGUUAAUGCACCGGCCAAUGGUGAGCAGAAGGGGGCCGGACUGGACCCCUCUUCACUCCAUCCUGUCUUUUAAAACUCUGGGUGCUUCACCGAACUCCAUCAGACUUCAUUUGAAGGACAGGGGAAACAAAUUAAUGCUGGUGAUUUUCUUUCUUUUAUCUCCUUUCUCUAUUUAUUUAUUUUUUUUGUUACCGACAGUAUGUGGGACAUCACAGUGGUGACAUCCGUCCUGUCUACUCUCUUCGUAUUGUCUCUCGCAGAAGGGCCUAUCUGGGAAAGCUCACAUCUUCGGAGGUUAAACCAAACGGACAGGAACAGAAAGCUGGCGUACAACAGCCUCUUAGAACCGCAGACCACAGGCGUGACCGAGUGGACGUCCUGGUUCAACAUUGACCAUCCUGGAGGAAAUGGCGACUACGAGAGGUUAGAAGCCAUACGCUUCUAUUACCGGGAAAGAAUCUGCGAGCGACCCGUAGCCAUGGAGGCCCGGACUACUGAGUGGGUCGCUGCUGCGGAUACAGGGGAGGUGGUACAUUCCAGCCUGGAGAAAGGUUUCUGGUGCAUCAAUAAGGAGCAGCCAUAUGGCCGCAGUUGCUCCAACUACCACGUGCGAUUCCAGUGUCCACCAGUUCACUCUUACUGGACCGACUGGAGCGAGUGGGCGCCUUGCUCCGCCACUGCUUGUAAUGAUGUUGGUAUCCAAGUUCGGCAGAGGAAAUGCAUGAGCACCCAGCCUCUUCCGUUGCUGCUUUCGCCCAUCUGUGUGGGGCAUCAAGUAGAGAGGAGGGAGUGUUCGACACCACCAUGCCAAGCCGUGUGGAGCAACUGGAGUUCCUGGGGUUCUUGCUCGGUGACCUGUGGGAAAGGUCGCAGGACAAGACGAAGGACCUGCCACAGAUCUUCAACCAAAAUCCAAUGCGCAGGACGACACACGGAGGUCCAGAAGUGUGAAAGCACAUGUCCAGUCACGUGCAAGCACGUCUGUACUGAGGGCCGUCCCAGUAAUGACUGCAGCUACUGCAUCUGUGAAGGACAGACGUUACACGGGGAGGUCUUCAGUGUCACGGGUGUACCCGUGGCUGCUGCCACAGUAGCUUUGGCGGGUCAAGCCAAGAUCAUCCGUGGCCAAACUGAUGCCCAAGGUCGGGUCACGAUUGCUGGACUGUGCUCCAGCCCCCAGACCAAAGUCAUUAUCAGCAAAGACAAGUUUGCUCCUGCUACUGUCCCUGUUUACAGUAACAGCAGUGAUGCGUUCUGGGUACGGGCCAUCUUACGAUCGUCAGAGAAACCAUAUAUCGUGAAGCAUCCAGAAAACAAAGUACGCUACGAGGGACAACGUGCAUCUUUCUGCUGUGCUGCAACUGGAAUGCCUAAACCAGACAAAUAUUACUGGUACCACAAUGGAACCUUAUUGGACCGUGCCUUAUACAAGUACGAUGAAAAUUUAAUACUCAGAGACCUGAAACCAGAGCAGUCGGGGCAAUAUCACUGCAAAGCAACUAGCCUAGCAGGAAGCAUCAAGUCUACUUCAGCCCUUCUCACGGUUUUUGCUAAAGGGAUGCCAGCAUGCAACGCCACACCUGAAACUCACCUGAUCAAAUUACCAUUCGACUGCAGGCAGCCUGGAACAGACUCCAAGUUUUACAAUGCCGGCCGUUGUCCACACAACAAAUGUGCCGGGUCACUGGACUUUGACAUGCGCUGCAAAGAUGGAUCUGACUUUUGCUGUGGGGUCAAACAGAUGGAGGCUAAAGAGAUCAAGUGUGGCCGGUACAACCUGCCUAUCAAGGUUGUGAAGGAGUGUGGGUGUCAAACUUGUGUGGAGCCCAAAAUUUUUGUGCGGGGCAGGGUGGUUGCAGCGGACAAUAAUGAACCCUUGCGCUUCGGAUACAUUUACAAAGGGAACGAACGGAUAGGUACAACAGGGUAUCAGGGUGGAUUCACAAUUCAGGUGCCUCCAGACACGCAACGACUUGUGGUAAACUUUGUGGACCCCUCUCAGAAGUUUAUUGACACAAUCAAAGUUUUCAUCUUCGACAGGAGAGGAGGUUCAGUCUAUCAUGAUGUGAAAGUGAUGAGAAAACAGGAACCUGUUGAUAUCAAUUCUGCAGAAUCCAAUACAAUUUAUCUUGGAGAAAUCGAUGGAGAGGAGCCAAUUGGUCAACUCAUUAUACCUCCAAAUUCCUUCCACAAAAACACAGGGGAGGUGUACGAAGGGAAAGUCAAGGCCAGCGUCACAUUCCUUGAUCCACGCAACAUCACCAUGGCUGCUGCUACGCCUGGUGACCUUAACUUUGUAGAUGAUGAGGGAGAAAUGCUUCCUCUCCGGACAUAUGGAAUGUUUUCAGUAGAUUUCCGAGAUGAGGGAAACAAGGAGAUUCUAGGUGCCGGCGAGGUCCAGGUACUCCUUGAUACAGAGCAUGUCAAAAUGCAGGAGCAUGUCAAUGCUAUGAAACUCUGGUCCCUCAAUCCUGAUACCGGCAUUUGGGAGGAGGAAAGCGGCUUUAAACCUAAACAAACUACUAUUGCUAGUGGUGGGAGAAGCAAAAGAGAGGAGCGCACAUUCUUGAUAGGAAAUAUGGAAAUUAGGGAACGUAGGUUGUUCAACCUUGAUGUACCAGAAAAUCGCAGAUGUUAUGUCAAGGUGAGGGCAUAUAUGAGUGACAAGUUCCUGGCCAGCGAGCAACUAGAAGGAGUGGUAAUAAGCUUGAUAAACCUGGAGCCCAAGCCUGGCUACUCAUCAAAUCCAAGGGCCUGGGGACGAUUUGACAGUGUCAUAACAGGACAAAAUGGUGCUUGCCUGCCAGCCUUUUGCGAUGGUCAGAGGGCUGAUGCUUACACAGCUUAUGUCACAGCUUUAAUGGGGGGUGAAGAACUAGAAGCAGCUCCUUCGUCACCAAAAAUGAACCCAAACGUUAUUGGUGUGUCUCAGCCAUACUUGGGGAAAUUGGAUUACCAGCGGUCAGAUCACGAAGAUCUAGCACUCAAAAAAACUGCUUUCCGAAUUAACUUAGCCAAACCAAACCCUAAUAAUUUUGAUGAAACGAAUGGGCCGAUCUAUCCAUACCAGAAUUUGAUUGAAUGUGAAAAUGCACCUUUUGAUGCCAACCACUUUCGAUUUUUCCGUGUUGAAAAAGAUAAAUACGAGUACAACGUGGUACCAUUUGAAGAGAGUGACCUCACGUCAUGGACUGGGGACUAUCUUUCCUGGUGGCCAAACCCACAGGAGUUCAGGGCUUGCUACAUCAAAGUUAAAGUUCAGGGAGCUACAGAAAUCAUGGUAAGGUCAAGAAACCUUGGUGGCACUCACCCUCAGACCAGAGGUCAAUUGUAUGGCAUUAGAGACAUUCGCAGUACUCGUGACUUACACCAUCCGAACACCUCUGCGGCUUGUCUUGAGUUUAAGUGUAGCGGGAUGCUAUUUGAUCUGGAUGCUGUUGACAGGACACUCAUUUCUAUCAUUCCACAAGCAAAUUGUCGUCGGACGGGCAUAAACAGCCUCCUGCAAGAGUAUCUCAUAAAGCACCCACCUGUUGUUCAAAACAACGAGUCUCACUCAUUCAAUAUGUUAGCUCCUGUUGAUCCCCUAGGACACAAUUACGGAAUAUACACCGUCACAGAUCAAAACCCACGUGUUGCAAAGGAGAUUGCCAUAGGCCGAUGUUUUGAUGGUACCUCGGAUGGUUUCUCCAGGGAGAUGAAGUCAGAGACUGGAGUGGCACUGACUUUCAGUUGCCCCAAAAGAACUAUAACUCGUGAGAGUUUAUUCCAGCGCUUGCAAACAAAUCCUGGCCUAACACUAACACAGAUGGCUCGUGAGAUGAGGGAGUCUCAAGGAGUGCAAGUCAGACGAGGGUCAACCCAAAUGGUAGCCUAUCCCUUUGGCCAACAGGGCAGGAGCCAGAACCGCAGAGCCACGAACACUAACAGAAGUCGUCCUGCUACAAGGACACAACCAAGGAAGUAGAUCUUCUUUUAGGUUGAAGAAUUGAGGAAAAGAAUCAGAAAACCUGCCAAGUUGGUCAGCCUGAUGAUAUUAGAUGCUCUGUCGUAACUGAGCUAAAUCAACUGACUAAACACAUUUAAACUCUUGCUUUUUGGGUACGAAGAACUGUUUUCCUAUUGAAAAACUUGUGCAUUAGGACAAUUCUUGUAUGAUACAUGUAAACAGGCUAAAAGGCUCAUCCAAGAAAAUGUUAUUUAUUCAGUUGUGAAAUUGUCAAAUUGUGCUAUUAAGUGAUAAAGGUACUAAACAACCCUAGUCUUCCAUUGACAGUAGGCUUCAUGGGUGAAAAAAAGUCUAUAAGAGUUGGGGUCAUAUGUAAUGGCUGCCAACUUCUGCUGUAGUCAGUGACAUUGUAUGUAGAAAACUGGAAGUAAUGGACUAGACCUGAGGCAACAAAGACGUUCCAGUUAUGAUUUAACCACCCAUCAGCCUGACCAAAGCACCACUGACCACAGCCAAAAAUAGCAUCCCUAACAAAACAGAUAUUCAAAUGUAGACUAAACAAACCUGCGGUGAGACAUAAUCAAUGAUAAUGGUCCUAAAGCAGAACUUCAAACACAAAUUACACUGCAGUCAUUUGUUGAAAUGCCUUCUGCAACUUUUUAACUGUUAUGGCUUUGUUAUGAAAUCACAGUGCUGGUGUUCUACUCUUAUGGUAAAUCUGAUUGUAUAUUGUUUGUUGUGCGUCUAUGUCUCUUUUUUUGUAGUGCAAUAUUAUGUUCCAAUAAUGACUUGAGAGCCCUAACACGAAUGGCCUAUGUUAUGAGCCAAUCAACCAUAGGUCUGUUAAAUUGUUGGGCUAAUCCCUCAGUAAGUGUAUAUCUGAAUUUCAAAUUACAAAGCAGCUGAUUAUUACUUACAAUUCUGCCAAGGAAAGCAACCCAUUCUCUUAUUUAGCCAGCAGACAAUGCAACAACAUUGCAGUUGCAGUAUAUGACAUCUCCCUGGAUCUUUGUUGCUCAAGAAGAUUUUUUAAAAUACAAAUGUGUCUUUUAAACAUAAUGAACCACAAAGAAACAUCUGGUCAGUUGUAUUUACUGAUACAUGCGUAGGUAGCAUUUCAAAUCAGAUUUCAAUAUGGUAGUUGCUCUGGGUUUUAAUUGGUCUAUUCCCUUUACGCUUUAUACCACUACAGGCUAGCAAGGACAUUUUAAGCAGCAUUGAGGGAUUACAGUGCAUUAUGUAAUUGAUAUGUUUAGAUGUUUCAAAAACCGCGCACCCGAACUAAGAUUAUUCGCUCAUCUACGUUUUUUCCUGUUGAAAACUGCUAAAGGAAAAGCAAAAGCAUUCAGUUAAGAUGUUUGAAUUUGAAUAACUUUAUCUAAACCUUUGUAUAUUUGUAAUACAUCCAGUUACAGCACCUUUGGUCUGUGAUCUACGCUGUACUGCUUUUUCUUCAUAGGCAAGCUAGAGAUCAGUGGGAGGACAUUGGAUGAAUAUGGUGCUAAAAAGUAGUUGGCCAGUUUUGUGUCAAAAUAGGGUUUGUCUUCUGUUCAGCUGUCUGCAUGGUCUCAGGGAGACUAUAAAUUUUCCUGGAAUAUCGUUUGGUAAAAUGUGUUGAUAACUCAACAUUUGUCUCUAUAAUAAAGCGAAAGUUGAACAGUUGUCUGCUUCGUGAACAUGUUACAUAAACGAUUCCUGAAAAAUCCACACAAAAAAUUAUGUAACUUAUACUGCAUGAAACUACCCAUUUUGCAUUCUGAAACGCCAGUUUUAUGUGUAAAUUGUGGAAUACAAUGUAUGUCAAUUUUAUGAAAAUGUAAAUAAAGAUCUCUUUUAAACGUAA